UAAUUUUGACGUGUGGGGAGUCGCUGAUCGCUGGCUCGCCUCUUUGCUAAUGAGCCUCUGACACGGACGGACUGAAGCCGAUCCACCCCAUAAGCCCGCAGAGUAGUCACUAUCACCUACUUGUCUGGUCAGCUGCUUGGUAGUGUGCAGAGCGUGCGUAUACUACAGUAGCUGAACGAAAAACGUUUUCACUCAUAUGACGUUAUCUCCGAAAUGCUAAUACGCUCUUAACGACAAUGGACCAAACAAUACAUCUAGCUCCAAGUAAUGACCUCUCUGUGUCAUUACAUGUCCUGCAAUCGCUGGAAAGCAUGCUUUGGACGGGGCCUUGGCAUGUACUUAGAGAGAAACUAUUUCUUGUAGGUGAUAUUUGCGCAGAGAUGACGAUUGUGCCCAGUUUUUUCGUCAACAUUAGUCGUGGGGACUUUGACCGUGCAGCCGUUGCAUUAUACUUCAUUGCAGGCUUCCUCUGCAUUUCUUUGCUACAGAUGCGCAGGUUGGAUAUGGCCAGUGUUGACGCCAGUGUUAGGCCCCUGCUGGAUGUGACCAGGCAAAUUGAGAAGGAAGCAUUGUUACUUGACACCCGUGAAUCACCGGGUAUGCAACGUUUGGAACGCACCGCGAACACACUUGUUUCGCUAAGAUUCAUAGCACGUUGGCAGGGCCCGCUUGUUGCUGUUGUGAUGGUGCUGAUGUUCCUCGUGACAGGUCGCGAGAUCGUACCUUACUAUCCAGAGGUUGAUAAUCCAUGGUUGAAAUUCUUCAUUGUGUUAUUUCACUCUAGCUGUGUCUUUCACUCGGCCGCCGUGUUUCUGAUUCUCAGUAGCUUGCACUGGAUGGCUCUGAUGUGUGUUGACUGCGCAACCCAUCUGCUCAUUGACCGAGUGAACGAUGUGAGAUCUUGGAGGCAGCUCUUGGAGUUGGUUGGGCUCCACCAACAGCUCGUCUUCGGACUCCAACGGGUUCAGGCAUGCUUUGCUGAGGACUUGUCCCUGGUCGUGCGCCUGAUGCUGAUUCUGGGGGUGAUUGGCGCUGUCCGCAUGUCCCUCGGAAUAAGGGACGUGAGCAACACGACCGUUUGGUUGACCAUCUUUGCGUACAUCACAAUGGUGUGCGUGGCGGCUCAGAUGCAGGAGAACGCUGGAGAGGAGUUCCACUUCGCCAUCCGAUCAUCGUGCCCUUGGGAGGCGUGGGGCACGAAGGAACGACACCUCUUCAGCCUUCUCGUUAUGUUCACUCGUCAGCCACCCGAGGUUCGCUUCCUAUAUUUUGGUGCCUUGCGGCUGAGUACCCUUUCCAACAUCUUUAACGCGGUCUUCAAGUACACACAAGUUCUUCGUGCUAGUAUAGGGGACACGGCAGGCAUGGCGUCAGGGCCCAGUUAGGACAACGGCAGUUGUGAAGAAUGCGGUAGAAAUGCCUACGCCUCUUUUUCGACCAGUGUAUUUUCUACUUUCGCUUCAAAGUAUAAUCUCACAAGUAUGCAAUAUAGUAUAUACGAAGAAAAAAAUUCCACCCUUCCUUGAUAACGUGUAUGUACUCUGAAAAGUUAGCCUUUGACGACUAAUCCGACGUAUUUCAAUCCCUACGUUCUUGUUAAACAGUGCAUCUCUCUGAGUCGCGCCGUAUGGUUUAGCUCGUCUCCCACUGUUUAAAAAUUGUCAGGAUUUCACGGAGCACUUGUCGUGGAAAGAAUUGCCAAAUCCCUUCGGGAUAUUACGAAAAGUGGUUCAAAAGAUCUUAGGGAAACUAUGGCGGAGUGUAUUAAAUUUGAAACUCCUGUU